AUGGUGAUCAAGAGCAUAGAAACCUGGAAGACCAAGGCAGGUGAGGCCAGGGCUCGUCGAGAUGCCUCGUUGUCCAAAGUCCAACCUCCGCUGCAAGGAGUUCCUGGUUUGGAGCAGCUCCCUAUGAACUCCUUGGAACUCCCCUGCAAAGUCCUCACUCCCCGCGAAAUCGAAAUCACCGAGUCAUACAGUAUCAAUGACUUGUUAUCGCUGCUGCGCACGCGGCAAAUCUCCGUGGAAGAGGCGACUCGAGCAUUUCUGAGAAGAGCUGCUUUGGCGCAGGCAACGACCAACUGUCUUACAGAGCUUCUCUGGGACCUGGCGGUCGAACGAGCGAAGUAUCUCGACUCGCUGCCUGAGCCUCAAGGAGCCUUGUUUGGACUCCCUAUCUCGACCAAAGAGCACUUGGGCAUGGUGGGCGGCAACGUCACCUCUACGGCUUCUGCUGCAGCAUGGGUCGGCAAGCCCCAUGGGUCAAAUCUGUUAUUUGAUACACUAUGGGCCGAAGGUUGUGUUUUCUUUGCUAGAACCACUCAACCUCAGGCAAUCAUGCAUCUCGAGACAGAGAGCAAUGUGUACGGACGGACCGUUCAUCCCCUCAACCGAAGUCUGACACCGGGUGGAAGUUCCGGUGGAGAGGCGGCACUGUUGGGGUUCCGUGGUAGUCUACUGGGUAUCGGAGGCGACAUUGGUGGCAGCAUUCGCCUGCCUUCGUCCAAUGUUGGCGUGUACGGUUUCAAGCCGUCCAUGAAGAGGAUAUCCACGAUGGGUCUCAGGGCCCCUUAUGCGGGAAGGGACACUAUUGCGGGCUGUCCUGGACCGAUGACUGUCGAUCGUGAAGGGCUCGAGCUCCUGAUGAAAGUUGCACUGGCGGCCAAGCCUUGGCGCAUCGAUCCAUUGCUCACGGUAAAGGACUGGACCCCAUAUCAGUUCACUCGGCCUCUAAAGAUCGCCAUCCAAUGGUGGGACGGUGUCGUAAGACCCCAUCCACCGAUGCUUCGUGCCUUGCGCGAGGUAGCGGAGUGCUGCAAAAAGGCAGGGAUGGAAGUCGUCGACUGGAACUGUGAAGAGCUCGACCAUAGGAAGAGCUGGGAAAUCAUCUCCGCUCUCUACUGGCCUGAUGGGGGCAAAGAGCUCCUGGACCUCCUGGAGGAAUCUGGAGAGCCGGCCUUGCCCCUGACAAAACACAUCCUACAUGAACAGCCGUCAGUCAAGACCCGGAAUCCGGCAGAGCUUAUGGAGUUAUCUCGCGAACGCGACGCGUACAGAGCCUUUUAUUGCCGAGCGUGGUCAGAUACAGCCGCGAGCGGAAGGGAGGUUGACGUCAUCCUCUGCCCGCCGUCCUUCGGGAGUGCGCCACCGCACGAGCAAUCGCGGUAUUGGGGAUAUACCUCGCAUUGGAACCUGCUCGACUAUCCCGGAGCUGUGUUCCCAGUGACGAAGGUUGACCCGAGCCGAGACCACAAAGACUUGGAUUACGUCCCAUGCAACGAGCAAGAUAAAUUUGUUUAUGACUUGUAUGACGCAGAAAAGUUUGCAAACUGCCCAAUCAACUUGCAACUCAUAGGACGUCGGCAGGAGGAGGAGAAAGUGUUGGCAGCAUUGGUUGAGGAUAGAAUAGACACAAUUAUUGCCCACCAUCAGUCAUUUGCUUACCCUCCGGGCACCUUCCAGCUCAUUGAUGCCAAGGGAACGAUUCGAGGAAAGCACGGAGACAAGAAGGGCGAAGAGGACAUCGUGCUUAUGCCGAGGCCAUCUGCUGAUCCCGAAGACCCUCUAAACUGGACCUUUCGGCGUAAGGUCUUGGCGACCAGCUGUGUGGUUCUCUACACCAUCACGAUCGCUAUCCCGUCGAGUGCCGUCUACUCCAUCGUCACGCCCCUGCGCCAAGCCACCGGGCUUGGACUUCAGGAUAUCAACAACGGGACGGGUAUCAUGUUUCUCUUUUAUGGCUGGGGAUGCGUCUUCUGGCAGGCCAUAGCCUUGCAGUAUGGCAAGCGCCCGGUUUAUCUUUUCUCGCUACUCUCAUCAGUCAUCAUUCUCGCGACAGCUCCUCUGUGCAAGACACCUGGACCGUACCUUGCAAACCGCAUCAUUCUCGGCUUCUUUGGCUCUCCCGUUGAAUCGCUGUGCGAGAUCUCGGUCACAGACAUCUGGUUCUCGCACGAGCGGCCAAAGUACAUGGCGUGGUACGGCUGGUCUUUGGCCCUUUGCGGCAAGCUGGCUCCUAUGCUCUCUGGUUUCAUCAACGUUGGCAUGGGCUGGGAGUGGACGCUAUACUGGUGUGCCAUCUGGAACGCCAUGUGCUUUGUGUACUGCUUCUUCCUUCUCGAAGAGACAAACUACGACCGACACCACGCCCAUAUCUCACCGCCGCAACAGACAACCCCAAGCACAACCACAACCCCAUCUGGCGCGGACGACAGUGCCAAUGAGAAGUCAGUCCCAGCCCGAUCGGCAAGCAUGGAUCUCGGAGAGUCUGCAGAGCUUCACUGGCCCCGCAAGACAUUCCUGGACAAGCUCAGCAUCAAGGACAAGAAGCGGCCGAAUCGCCUGGUGGACAUCUUCAUUGCACCGUUCAAGGGCUUCACCUAUCCGGCAGUUGUCUACGCAGGGUUGAUGUACGGAGCCAACAGCUUGGUAUGGCAAGGCUUUCAGAACGCCACCAUCGGUACUAUCUACACUCUUCGAUAUGGCUUCAGCACUGCUGGCGUCGCUGGGGCCUACGGAGGAGGAGUCAUCGGCACUAUCAUCGGCGGUUACUACUGUGGAAAGUUGGGUCCCAUGUUGACGGUCCGCAUGGCUCGCCGGAACGGCGGCAUAUCGGAGCCCGAACACACCCUGUAUCUCUUCAUUGCAAGCAUCAUUCUGGUCCCUCUGGCCAUGAUCAUCUACGGUCUCGGCGUCACCUACCACUGGCAUUGGUUCGCCUUGGCCAUUACCCAAUUCUUCAUGGCUAUCAACGCGGCGCUCUGUGUCGCCGGCGCGCUCAACUACGCCAUCAGCAGCUACCCCGAGCUAUCUGGAGACAUGGUCACGACAUGCGUGCUGAUUCGCAACACCAUGUCCUUCGCCACCAACUUUGGCGUUACUCCUUGGCUGAACGCUAGCAGCUAUCUCGUCGUGUACUGUACGGUGGCUGGCAUUGGCUUUGUGUGGAACGCCAGCUUGUUCGUGAUGACAAGAUAUGGCCGCGCUAUGAGGCAGUGGACGGCGAAGAAAUACUGGCGUGAUGUCGAGCGCGCUAGGGCAAAGGGUCUGUCCCACUGA